CGCCCCGGCCCGCGCCUCUCUCGGGCAGCCCGUGGCGGGAGGGCGCACGAUGGCGGCGCAGGUGCUGGCCCUGCUGAGGGAGGUGUCGCGGCUGGAGGCGCCGCUGGAGGAGCUGCGCGCGCUCCACUCGGUGCUGCAGGCCGUGCCGCUCGGCGAGCUCCGCGAGCGGGCGGCCGACAUGCGCCUGGGCCCGCUCUUCUCGCUGCUCAACGAGAACCACCGGGAACAAAUCACGUUGUGUGUGUCCAUUCUGGAGAGAUUGCUCCAAGCUGUGGAACCAGUUGAUGUGGCCCGGGACCUCAGGGUUGAUCUGCAAAAGGGACUGGCUCAUCCCAAUGAUUCUGUAAAAAUCCUCACUCUGUCACAGGUUGGAAGAAUUGUUGAAAAUUCUGAUGCUGUUACUGAGAUUCUAAAUAAUGCUGAAUUACUAAAACAAAUUGUUUAUUGUAUUGGUGGAGAAAAUCUCUCUGUAGCUAAAGCGGCCAUUAAAUCCUUAUCAAGAAUAUCACUAACCCAAGCUGGACUGGAGGCUUUAUUUGAAAGUAAUCUGCUAGAUGAUUUGAAAAACGUAAUGAAAACAAAUGACAUUGUCCGAUACAGAGUGUAUGAGUUAAUUGUGGAGAUUUCUUCUGCGUCACCAGAAUCUUUAAACUACUGUACCACCAGUGGAUUGAUAACUCAGCUUCUCAGAGAGCUUACUGGUGAGGAUGUGCUGGUAAGAGCCACAUGUAUAGAAAUGGUGACAUCACUGGCUUAUACUCUCCAUGGACGACAAUACCUUGCUCAAGAGGGAGUAAUUGAUCAGAUUUCCAAUAUAAUUGUUGGGGCAGAUGCAGACCCUUUCUCUAGCUUCUAUUUGCCAGGAUUUGUCAAGUUUUUUGGAAACCUAGCUAUCAUGGAUAGUCCUCAACAGAUCUGUGAGCGUUACCCUGUUUUUGUGGAAAAAGUCUUUGAAAUGACAGAGAGUCAGGACCCCACCAUGAUUGGAGUAGCAGUGGACACAGUUGGAAUCCUGGGAUCUAAUGUUGAAGGAAAGCAAGUUUUACAUAAAACAGGAACUCGCUUUGAACGCUUGCUCAUGAAAAUAGGAUAUCAAGCAAAGAAUGCAUCGACAGAGCUCAAAAUUAGGUGUUUGGAUGCAAUUUCAUCUCUUCUUUAUUUGCCACCUGAACAGGAGACUGAAGACCUCCUGAGGAUGACAGAAUCCUGGUUUUCUUCUUUAUCUCGGGACUCAUUGGAGCUCUUCCGGGGCAUCAGUAAUCAGCCUUUCCCUGAACUACGCUGUGCAGCCUUAAAAGUGUUCACGGCCAUAGCGAACCAACCCUGGGCUCAAAAACUUAUGAUUAACAGUCCAGGUUUUGUUGAAUAUGUGAUGGACCGAUCUGUGGAGCGCGACAAAGCUUCAAAGGAUGCAAAAUAUGAACUGGUGAAAGCACUUGCCACUUCCAAGACCAUUGCAGAAAUCUUUGGGAAUCCAAACUACUUGAGGCUCCGAACUUACCUGAGUGAAGGUCCAUACUAUGUGAAACCUGUCUCCGUGACGGCCGUGGAAGGAGCUGAAUGAUUUCUUUUGCAGCCUUGACCAUUUUUAACUAAUACUUCCAAGGCACUUUACUCCAUGUGUUUCACAAAACAGACUUCCUUCCCUGAAAACUGUCUAAUUUAAUUACCAGCUUUUUUUUUCCUACAGUGAAAUACAAUGUAGAACCUGGAAAGCAAACAAAAUUUGGUUAUGAUUGACCUAGAUGUUUUCCAGAUUCCUUUGACUGCCUUAAUCUUCGUAGAAAGAAAACUUUACUCUC